ACGUGCCAAGCGAAGGUUGUGUCAGUCGAGCUUCAAAUUAUAGAGGUAGUGGUAGAGUAGCCCAUAGCUAGUCCAAAGUGCAGCCACGAUUCCAAUAAAUAUAUACACAUAGAUAUAUAUCUAAAUCAAAAACCAACAACAACCACAACAACGAAAAGCAGAAGAAGAACAACAAAAGCCAAGACUAAAAUGGAAGGCAAAACUGUCAUUAUUACCGGCGCCAACAGCGGCAUUGGCAAGGAAACGGCCAAGGACCUGGCCGGACGUGGUGCGCGUAUUAUUAUGGCCUGCAGGAAUCUGGAGACAGCCAACGCCGUCAAGGACGAAAUCAUCAAGGAGACCAACAACAACAAGAUAGUGGUGAAGAAACUCGAUUUAGGCUCACAAAAAUCGGUGCGCGAAUUUGCCGCCGAUAUUGUCAAGACAGAGCCCAAAAUCGAUGUGCUGCUUCACAAUGCCGGCAUGGCCUUGGCCUUCCGCGGUCAGACCAGCGAAGAUGGCGUAGAGCUGACCAUGGCCACCAACCACUAUGGACCCUUUUUGCUGACCCACUUGCUCAUCGAUGUGUUGAAGAAGAGCAAACCCUCUCGUAUUGUUAUUGUGGCCUCGGAGCUGUAUCGUCUGGCUUCGGUCAAUCUGAACAAGUUGAACCCCAUUGGCAGCUUCCCGGCUGCAUAUCUGUAUUAUGUCUCGAAGUUCGCCAACAUCUACUUUGCCCGCGAGCUGGCCAAGCGCAUGGAGGGCACUGGCGUGACUGUUAACUUCCUACAUCCCGGCAUGAUUGAUUCUGGCAUUUGGCGCAAUGUGCCCUUCCCGCUCAAUCUGCCCAUGAUGGCCAUAACAAAGGGCUUCUUCAAGACAACCAAAGCGGGCGCCCAGACCUCCAUCUAUUUGGCCACAUCGGAUGAGGUGGCCAAUGUGUCGGGCAAGUACUUUAUGGACUGCAAGGAGGCUACAUUGAAUGCCGCCGCUCUGGACGAUGAGAAGGCGCGUAAAUUGUGGGAGGAGUCCGUGAAGAUUGUCAAGCUGACGCCACAGGAUCCUAAAAUCUAAGCCAGAACCGCCAGAGGGACCACUCAAUGGAGGCGCAAUUCUUUCAAUACUUUGCUUAUUAUAAUUAGAGGGACUGUAGUUGACUGUAGCUUAAGACUUUUCACCUAAAUAAAAUACAUAAACCAACAAAGAAACAAAA